AAUCAAAGCAGGGAAAGGGAGAAUUGGAUUCCUCGUGGUUCUGUCCAUCAGUAUUUAGUAAUGGAGAAUUCAUCGACCCCAGACAGUACGAUGCAUCUCCAUGAAGAUGAUGAAGAAAUAGGCCAGAUCGGGCAACUCAUUCACAAAUACCGCUCCCUUCAGGUGAAGGCGACAUCAGGAGCAGAGGAUUCCUCCACCAACAACGGCACUGUACAUGUCCGGGAAAGUCAUACUCGUUUAGCAGCCCAAAUCAAAAAACGCAUUGACCGGUUUCUCGCAUUUAAUCCUCACCAGGACCGGCUUCUUAGUGGGGUAUCAGGAAAUGCCAAAACAUCAAUGACGGCAUCUUUCAAAGCUGAACCUGAUUGUGGAUUAAGCAUUGGUGCCAAUUCUGAAGCUGAAGAUGUCACCAUCUAUUUCCGUUUAUAUUCCGGAAGGCGUAACUGUGGAAGCUUUUUAAACCCCCAUACAGACUACGAAAUUAAGUGGUAUUCUAUUUCAACACAGCGCAUGUCUGUCAGUGAGGAUGGUGAGGAUAGGCACAUCCACCCCGCCAUUCAUGACGAGCCUGGUUCUCCCUAUUUCAAUGUUUUUGGGUGGCUUCCAUUUUCUGUUGGGCCUUAUAUCUUCACCCUCCGUGGUUAUGCGGAAACGUGCGUAAGGCAUCUAUUUUAUCAUGAUACACAAGAUACCAAGGGUGAAUGGAUUGAAUUUCCCUACCUUCCAGACACACGUUCUGGUUAUUACUUCUUUUCAGCCAAUGACAAGGUUUAUGCCUUUGGAAUGUAUGAGGGUCUCUCAUUUGGUUGUUACUCAUUUGAUUUGAAGUGUCGUGAUUGCAAUGAAUUGGCAAAGGGCUGGCAGUCCAUACAUCCCAUCAGUAAAGAACUCUUAGACUGGCCUUAUGGUUAUUGCAUUCAAACUUGAUUAUGAAACCACCGCUGAUCCUGCUACGGGUUAUAUCAAGCGACGUGAUAUGCGUGCCGUGUUUUUUACAUGGACGGAGAUGAUUUCCUAUGAUUUUAUCAAAAAUGAAUUUAAGGUGUCUCGUGGCGACCGCAUCAAAGACCCUUUGGAAUGUGUAGGUGGUGUUGGUCAUGGUAAUUUGAUUUACUUUUUGUUCAAUGAGGAACCAGAAGAAAGAGCCAAUCUUAUG